UUUGAAACAAAAGCAGAAGAGGCGGGCAGAGCAACACAAACACAUGGGGAUUUGGGUGUAAAAAGGAGACACUUUCUCUUUCUAAAGAUCGCUCAAGUGAAAAACUCAAAUUUCUCGGAAAAUCGCAUCUGUUAAGCAAUUCAAGUAAGCGAAAUGUUUCUGAUAAUGCAAUCAGCUGCAAAGUGAAAAAAGACACUCCAGGAAGGAACAAAAUGGUGGCUGCCAAGGGAAAAGUUCAAAUGGGCAUUAAUCGUGUCACGGAAGAUUCUCGCUGUCACCGGACUGAUAAAGGUGUUAGGAAUUUUAAAGUUUAUACAGAUAAUGAAAAUGCGAAGGUUGAUGUCAGUGGCAUUAGAUCUGUUAGAGAGAGCCUUGUGCCUGCCAGAACAUCUGUAUCGGUUAACAAAGGUGCUCUUCCAAAUACAUCAAGUGAUUUAAAGGAGGGUUCAAAAUUUGCAGAGAAGAUCAAAGGAAAGUCGGUUAGUUCUGUAAAUCAAGAUUUCAACUUUAGAAGAAAAGCACUGGCUGAUGUGAGUAAUGCCCAGAGCAGUUUCUCAAGGAAUGUUACAUGUGAUGGCUCCAAAACAAUGAUUAUAGGAUGUUCAAGAUCUAAGACUGUGAAUGUCUCAACAAAAUGUUCAGUGGGAAGAAUGAAUGUAAGUCAAAGAUUUGGAAACUUGCAGUCUGCAAGCAAAGGAGUGAAAGAUUUAAGCGCCUAUUCAGAUGAUUGGAGGACACACACCAAGAACUCUGACCGUGAAUCUAUUGUUACUGUUAACAACAGCAGGAGGAGUACAAACACAAAGAACUCUGGCCUUGAAUAUUGUUCUCUUGUUAAGAGGAGUACAAACACGAAGAACUCUGGCCGUGAAUCUAUUGUUACUGUUAAUAACAGCAGGAAGAGUACAAAAACCAAGAACAUUGGCCAUGAAUCUAUUGUUACUGUUAAUAAAAACAGGCGGAGUACAAACACCAACAACAUUGGCCGAGAAUCUAUUGUUGCUGUUAAUAACAAUAAGAGGAGUACAAGGGGCUCACUUAUUUCAGUGAGGAAGUCUCUACCAGUGUUAACGACAGUGAACCAGACAGAUACAAAUAAUAUAAAGAACAAUGAUGAAGGCUCAGGGAGGAAAACUAAGAGAAAUAGUGGAUUUUCAUGUAAGGUGAAAACAAGUAAGAAUCUAGUGCCAAAAGUGAGCAUUUAUAGGACCCAUCUACAGAAGAAUAAAGUGAACGAUGGCACAAUGGAUCAAACUAAUGUGAAGGCUCAUGGUGGGUCUAGAAAACUUGUCAAGCCCACAGUAAAGACUUCUAUCAGUGCGUCCAAUCCUCAGAGGACUUUAAGAACCAAGCGUACAUCAGCUAUGGACAAAUCUAUAUCCACCGUUGCAACCUCAACUGAUAGAAAAGAUGAAUCUGUAACAUCUUCUCUUCUGGACAACAUUCCUGUUGUGGUUUCCCAUGAAGCUAUUCAAGAACCUUCUUUUGACAGUAACAGCAAGUCAACUGCAAACAAACUGGAUGCCAUUGUCCAAAGAAAAUCUGAUCGUCGUAGAUCUUAUACAUCUUCAUUAAUGGCAAGAUCAAAGUUAUUGGUGGAACAUGGUGAAGUUAUCAAGCAGGAAAAAGUGCCAUGUAUCGAUGAUAAUUGUAAUCAACUUGAAGUUGCUGAAUAUGUCGAUGACAUCUAUCAGUUUUAUUGGGUUUCAGAGGCACAAAAUUUAUCUUUGGCAAGUUACAUGUCAAUUUUGACAGAAAUUACACCUCAAAUGCGGGGCAUAUUGAUCAACUGGCUAAUUGAAGUACAUUUCAAAUUUGAGUUAAUGCAAGAAACACUUUAUCUUAUGGUCACAUUAUUAGAUCAAUAUCUCUCACAAGUCCAAAUUAAAAAGAAUCAAAUGCAAUUGGUAGGUCUUACAGCAUUGUUGUUGGCAUCAAAAUAUGAGGACUUCUGGCAUCCUAGGAUCCAAGACUUGCUUAGCAUCUCAGCUCAGUCAUACACGAGAGAUGAAAUGCUUGUCAUGGAGAAGCUUAUUCUUAAAAAAUUGAAGUUUCGUCUAAAUGCACCUACCCCGUAUGUCUUCAUGUUGAGGUUUCUGAAGGCUGCUCAAACUGACCUAGAGUCCCAACUUGGACAUCUAUCAUUCUACCUCAUUGAGUUGAGCUUAGUUGAAUAUGAAGCUUUGAAGUUCAAGCCUUCUAUGCUAUGUGCAUCGGCCAUCUAUGUUGCUCGGUCUACCUUGCAAGUAGAUCCAGCUUGGACUCCUCUUCUUGCUAAACACACACGCUAUGAAGUCUCCCAAAUCAGGGACUGUGCACAAAUGAUGUUAGAGUUUCAAAAAGCCGCAAGGAAAUCACAUUUGAAAGUAACAUAUGAGAAGUACACGAGUCCUGAUCUCAGGAGUGUUGCUACACUAAAGCCCUUAGAUAAGCUUCCGCUAUGAUUUUGGCUUGUGGAGUAUGUUCACUUACCUUUUUUUUUUUUCAAAAAUUUCUUUGAUAACUUUUCAGUUCUCUUGGUUUUGAUGGUACUAAUGUAUGACUGUGAUUUUACUAUGAUGGAUACAAGGCAAGAAAUCAAAUCUUUUAGAUUUCUGCUGUUCAUGUAUUGUAAUUGUUACCUGGAAACUAAUGAAUGAGUGGUGUAAAUCUUGUUUGUC